AUGCAAGAGAUCCUGUAUCUGGACCAUUCUGCUGGAGAUGGCUUCCCUAUUUUUUGUAAUGGAGGAGGUCGAUCUGCUAAGCGGUACGGUGGUCACUUCAGGUGUUCUCUUGUGAUGCUUGGCUCCUGGUUCCUUGUUCUAGGAACAAGUUCCUGUUGGUUAUUUGGCAUGCAAGAGAUCCUGUAUCUGGACCAGUCUGCUGGAGAUGGCUUCCUUAUUUUUGUCAUGGAGGAGGUCGAUCUGCUAACGGUACGGUGGUUGCUUCAGGUGUUCUCUUGUGAUGCUUGGUUCCUGUUUCGUGGCAGUGCUCCUAUUCUGGAGUGGAUCUUGGUCCUGGCUGGUGGUUCCUUUGCAGGAGACCUUUCCAAAGGAAGUAAAGUAGUUCGGAAUGGCAUUGUGAGCCGCAAACUACUUUCCUGCUGUGUCGGGGAAUCCUUGCCUCCGGUAAGUCUUGAGGACUUAGUUGCUAGAUCCUCGCUUCUUUCCUGGUCUCUGCCUGAGAGCUGCUUGUCGCGCCCAGAUGUUGCUCCUUAA